AUGGCGACAACUCCUGCGGCUGCCUUUGAGGCCCUCAUGGAUGGAGUGAUAAGCUGGGAGGUACCCGAAGACCCUGUUCCCAGUGAACUCCUUCUUAUUGGAGAGGCCGCCUUCCCAGUGAUGGUGAACGACAAAGGCCAGGUCCUCAUUGCGGCCUCCUUCUAUGGCCGAGGCCGUCUGGUGGUGGUGUCCCACGAGGGCUAUCUGCUGGAUGCCGGCCUGGCCCCGUUUCUUCUCAAUGCGGUGCGCUGGCUCUCUCCCUCUCCUGGGGCGCCUGUUGGUGUGCACCCAUCCCUGGCAUCACUAGCACACAUCCUGGAGGGCUCCGGGGCGGAGGCACAGGUUCACCCAGAACCAGCAGAACCCCUGGAGGUUUACUGCCUCAGUGCCUACGAUGACACCGUGACUGCGGAGCUGAUCCAGUUUGUGAAACGUGGUGGGGGCUUGCUCAUUGGGGGCCAGGCCUGGUACUGGGCCAGUCAGCACGGUAGUGACAAGGUGCUGUCCAAGUUCCCAGGGAACCAGGUGACCUGUGUGGCCGGAGUGUACUUCACUGACACCUAUGGGGACAAAGGCUGCUUCAAGGUCCCCAAGAAGGUGCCCAAGAUCCCUCUCCAGGUCAGAUGUGGGGAGGACCUCAGGAAGGAUCAGCAGCAGCUCCUGGAAGGGAUCUCAGAGCUCGACAUCGGGACAGGGGGACUCCCCUCGCAGCUGCUGGUGCACGGGGCCCUGGCCUUCCCCCUGGGCUUAGAUGCCUCUCUCCGCUGCUUCCUGGCAGCUGCCCGCUAUGGCCAGGGCCGGGUGGUCCUGGCUGCCCAUGAGGGCAUGCUCUUUGCUCCCAGUUUGGAACCCUUUUUACUCAACGCUGUGCGCUGGCUGGCCAAAGGCCAGACAGGCAAAGUUGGGGUGAACACCAGUCUAGACAAACUGCACGCCCUGCUGGUGGAGCGUGGUCUUGAAUGCAGUCUUGAGCCCCAUCUGACAAGUGACGUGUCCAUCUACUGCUGUACAGCUUACAGCGACAAGGAGGCUAAGCAGCUGCAGGAGUUUGUGGCCGAGGGCGGGGGCUUGCUGAUUGGGGGCCACGCCUGGUGGUGGGCCUCCCAGAACCCUGGCCGCUCCACAUUGGCUGAUUUCCCCGGUAAUGUCAUACUGAACAGCUUUGGCCUCAGCAUCCUACCUUGGACCUUGGACCCGGGCUGUUUCCCGGUCCCUUCCGCCGACAGCCUGAACUACCACUUCCGCAAGGCGCUGUCUGAAUUCCAGGCUAACUUGAACCUCGAGGGUGGCAACUUGGAGAAGAACUGGCUGUCAAAACUGAGAGUGGAUGGAGCCGCCUUCCUCCAGAUUCCCGCAGAGGGGGUCCCUGCCUAUGCCUCCCUGCACCGGCUCCUGAGGAAGCAGCUGCGUCUUUCGGGAUUACCGGCUGUGAGCCCGGAGAAUCCGGUGGCCAGUGACUCCUGUGAGGCGGUGGUGCUCUGCCUGGCCACGGAGCUGGCACGCUCUGGCACUGACUGCUCCAAGCUGGCACAGGAGCUUGGAGCCUGGUCCUGCGGCUCCAAUCUGUGCCCAUCAGAGCACACUGUGGAGAUUGAUGCACGCAACCCAAGCGAUGAUACUUGGAUGAGUACAGGGCUUUACCUCCCAAACGGACAACUUACAGAAGUCUGCUUGUGCGAAGCUGCAGCUUGCGCCGGCCUGAAAUUACAGAUUGGCUGCCACACUGAUGACUUGAUGAGUGCCAGCAAGCUGUCUCGAGCCCCUGUGGUGACUCACCAGUGCUACAUGGACAGAACCGAACAGUCGGUCUCCAACCUCUGGGGCGGCCUUCUCUAUGUCAUCGUGCCCACGGGCUGUAACCUGGGGCCCAUGUCCAUCACCAUCAAGAAGGCUGUGCCUGCCCCGUAUUACAAGCUGGGUGAGACAUCACUGGAGGCGUGGAGGAGCUGUAUUCAGGAGAGCCCGGCUCCCUGGGGAGAGCUGGCGACAGACAACAUCAUCUUGACGGUGCCGACUGCAGACCUCCGGGCCCUGGAGGACCCGGAGCCCUUGCUCCGCCUCUGGGACGAGAUGAUGGAGGCUAUAGCCAGGUUGGCGGCCCAGUCCUUCCCUUUCCGCCGUCCUGAGAGGAUUGUUGCUGAUGUGCAGAUCUCAGCCGGCUGGAUGCACUCGGGCUACCCCAUCAUGUGCCACCUGGAGUCAGUGCCGGAGCUCAUCGAUGAGAUGGGCAUGAGAAGCCGCGGGCUCUGGGGCCCCGUGCAUGAGCUGGGCCACAACCAGCAGCGGGAGGAGUGGGAGCUCCCCCCACACACCACCGAGGCCACCUGCAACCUGUGGUCGGUGUACGUGCACGAGACGGUCUUGGGCAUCCCCAGGGCUCAGGCCCACCCCGCUCUGAGCCCUCCAGAACGGGAGAAUAGGAUCAAAACACACCUGGAGAAGGGAGCCCCCCUGUGCGACUGGGAAGUGUGGACAGCUCUGGAAACAUAUCUGCAGCUCCAGGAGGCCUUUGGGUGGGAGCCGUUCACCCAGCUCUUCGCUGAGUACCAGACCCUCUCUCACAUCCCCAGGGACAACCCUGGCAAGAUGAACCUGUGGGUGAGGAAGUUCUCUGAAAAGGUGCAGAAGAACCUGGCUCCGUUCUUUGAGGCCUGGGGCUGGCCUGUCGAGGAGGAAGUGGCUUCCAGCCUGGCCUGUCUGCCUGAGUGGGAAGAAAACCCCAUGAGAGUGUACCUCUAG